UCUCCUUCUUCCUCUUUCUUCUUUCUCUAAAAACUCUUAACAUAGAGAGACAAUGAAGGGUUCUUGCCCGAAACAAGUGGUAUUCACUUGUGCAAUCCUUCUCAUUUUCAUUGUUGCUCAAGAAAACAGAGUCGCUGCAGAAGAGCCAUGUGAUCCUAUGCAGCUGAGCCCAUGCUUGGACACCAUACAGAAAGGUUCUUAUCCAUCGAAUCUGUGCUGCAAGAAGGUGAGAGAGCAAAAGCACUGUGUUUGCCAGUACUUGAGGAACCCUAACUUCAAAUCUUUCCUUAACUCACCAAAUGCCAAAAAGAUCGCCACUGAAUGUGAUUGUCCGUAUCCCAAGUGCUAGUCUCAGUAUAUCGUUUUUCUCACUUUCAAUGUUCUGUUUAUUGCUUUGUUGGGUGUCUGGUGUCCCUUUGCUCAUCCUUUUGGUUCUGUAUUGAUCAAUAAGUUAAAAAGACAUCAUCAUGGAUGAGUUUUUUUCUCUACUUCCAAGUUUCUUACUUAUGAGUUUGGACUUUUACAUUACUGAUGUAUGAGUUUUGCUUCUUCUAUAUGACAUGAAAACUCGUCACUUUGAUAA